AUGUUCCCGUGGGGCGGAGGCAACCCCGGUGGAGGCUUUGGUGGUCCAGGUGCUGCUGGUCCAGGUGCUGCUGGUCCAGGUGCUGCUGGUCCAGGUGCUGCUGGUCCAGGUGCUGCUGGUCCAGGUGCUGCUGGCCCAGGUGUUGGUGGUGGAGGCAACGUAUUUCCAGGCGGCGGUGGCCCCGCUGGUGGAUUUCCCGCUGGUGGAUUUCCCGCUGGUGGAUUCCCCGGCGGGAGUGGUGGCGCCGGCGCCGGCGGUGCCGGUGGAGGUCCCGCCUGGCCCAGCCAAGGGGGGCUGCCACCCACGACCUCUACGGUUGCCAGACCUACAUCAACAUCCAAACUCGCCCCUCCCCCUCCGGCGGUGACGACGACGAAGACGACGACCACUCCCCCUGCUCCCCCUCGGACUACGCAACCUCCAGGCGGAGGGGAUCGUGGGCAGCAACAGUCAGGUCAGGGAGACAAACCGAGCCAGGAUCCAACUUCUUCGAGCGUGACUAACGCUCCCGGCUCUCCAGACAAGCCAACACCCACUUCGGUAAUAGGCAAUGUGGAGAAUCCCGCUACCAGGGCCGGCGACGGCCUGUCAUCAUCGAUGAUCGGAGGAUCCGACUCAUCACUCUCAACCCCGCUGCCUAUAGCGGCACAAUCGAGGCCGGCGACGGAAUACCCGCCAAACCCAACAGCUACCAAGUCUGCGCCGACCGAUGGGCCGACUUCAGUUGUGGGCAGCUCGAGGGGCAAUGAUAGUAAGGGCGGAUCCGGGGCCCAGAAAGCCGGAAUCGCCGCUGGCGUUAUAGUCGGCGUCCUUCUACUCUUCGCACUCAUCUUCUUCCUAUACAAAUAUCGACGAUCCCGAGCGUUGAAACCCGUCAUAGCGCCCCUGGGGCGCUUCUACGACCGCGCGGGCGGCCAGCCCAGCCCCAUGGACCGGUCGCUCCUCGCCGCGUCGCCCAUGUCCGAGACACACCCUGCAGCGCCCGCAUUCGCCGUCCUCGCCGCCCCCGGACGCCGGACCACGGAGCCGCCAUCGCGCGCCCAACCACCGCCCCCGCCCCCGCCGCGCAGCGCCUUCCUGGCCGCCCCCGCCAACAGAGGGCCCCCGGCCAACAGAGCCGCCCACGGCCACGGCUACAACUGGCGGGGCGGACCGCCGCCGCCGAACAACAAGCGCUCCAGCGCCAGCAGCGUCGGGGCGAGCAGCGUGGCCAGCAGCGCUGGCGUGCUGUCGCCGGCGUCCAUGUCGUGGCCCAUGCCGCCGCAGACGCCGGCGAUGUCGUCCUCGGAGAGCCGGUCGGGCACCACCACCGCCGGCAUGGCGGCGGCAGCGGGGACGACCGAGACGACGCCGACCGCCGGCGGGAGCAGCGUGUCGCCGACGCAGAGGUGGAUCACGUUCCACGAGCCCGCCACCACGGUCGUGCGGGUCGACCCCAGGAGGCCGCCCCGGUUGAGGAGGUAG